AUGGACAACAUCGACAAUGGAUACGAUCGGUUCGCAAAACAUCCUAACGGCUGUAGGAAGAAAGCUUCGAGUUUUAAGAGCACCAAGAGAUGUCGUCAUCCGGAAACUUUUGAGCUAAUACGUAAUUGUGGGGCAGAACCAGAAUUGAAGUCCGAACUAGCAAAAUUUGGCAGAGAGGCGACAAGAGGAGACGCCAAGAAGAGAAAACGAGCGGUGUUGCCUGCGGCUACAGAGGCGGAAAAGGGCAUUCGCUAUACCGUCUGGGCUUCCCAAUCAUCAGACAAAGAUGACUGUCUUGUGAAGUCCGUACGGAGCAAAUAUGGACAGGAUCAAGUUUGA